UAAAUCUCGUAUUAAAAAAGAGGACAUUCUACACACUACAUUUCAUAAUAUUUUUGUCUCACUUUAAGGUUAUGUCAACUGCAAAGAGAAGGAGAUGGCAUAUUCCUGCCUCUGUCACAGCCAAAACAACAUUCAACCCAAUAAGAUCUAUUGUAGAUAGAAUGAAGAUAACACCAAACCCUGAGAAACAGAUGAUUGCUUUGUCUAUUGGGGACCCAUCGGUGUUUGGAAAUUUGGAACCUUGUCCUGAGAUGAUUGACGCAGUUGUCAAGUGUGUAAAACAGUCCAAACAUAAUGGAUAUGCUCCUUCAACAGGUUAUAUCAAAGCACGUGAGGCCAUUGCUGCAGAACAUUCCUUUCCCUUAUCUCCAAUAACUUACAAGGAUGUUGUUUUGGCAUGUGGAUGUUCUGGCGCUUUGGAGCUCGCUCUCGAUGUCCUCCUUAAUCCUGGUGACAAUGUUCUUCUACCCAAACCAGGCUUCUCUAUUUACCAGACACUAAGUAUUUCACGAGGUCAUGAAGUCAGGCAUUACAACCUCUUGCCGGAAAGAUCCUGGGAGAUUGAUAUUGAUCACCUUGAAUCACUGAUUGAUGACCGAACAAAAGCCAUACUUGUGAACAAUCCUUCUAACCCUUGUGGCUCAGUUUAUUCCAAAGAACAUCUGGAGGCCAUCCUGGAAGUGGCUGAAAAAUACAUGAUUCCUAUCAUUGCUGAUGAAGUGUAUGAGUAUGCAGUGUUCCCUGGAUACAAGUUUUACCCUCUUGCUCAGUUAUCAGAGAAUGUCCCCAUCCUAACUUGUGGUGCAAUUUCAAAAAGGUUCCUUGUGCCUGGUUGGCGACUGGGGUGGGUUCUUAUCUACGACAAAAAUGAAGCAUUCACAACUGAGGUACGGCCUGGACUAAUUGCACUAUCACAACAAAUCCUGGGUCCAAACACACUUAUCCAAGGAGCUCUACCAGAGAUCUUGGCCAAUACACCACAAAGCUUCUUUGAAAACUCUAUGAAGGUCAUUCAGGUUUGUGGAAAUGAGAUGAAUAUUAAUUUAAUAAUAAUCUUUAGCACUGCCCCACUACAAACAUGAUACAUUGAAAAAUUAGUCCAUAGCCAGGAUAAUAAGCUUCAACUGAAAAGUUUUAUUUUUUAGUUAUUUAUUUUCUUUGGGAGGAGGGUAUCAGCGUUUAGGAAACAAUCUGUUUAAUUGAAGAUGAAGACUUCUAUUCGGCUAUGUGAAGAGGAAAGGCAUUUUUUAAGGGAGGAGUCGAUAAAUUAUAGUUUCUCAAACUCGUUUAAUAAUUGAUCAUCAAGUUUAAAUAAAGGAAAUCAUGUCUGUGAUUACUAGGUAAUUAUUUUAGGUUUAAAUAACUCAUUUCUUAAUAUAUUUGUAUAUAACUAUUUUUAGGCAUCUAUUGUAUAUUACAUACUUACAUAGAUCAUAUAAUCCUAUUUUUUUUAUAUACAAUUUUGAGUUCACGUACAAGUUUUAACGAGCGCUUGCACUCCUAGGUGUCGCGUGGUUA